AUGGUUAAAAUAUUUGGCAUUCAAUUCGCUCCCAUUCUGAUCCCUAUUGAGAGACGAUUGCAAACUCUCGCAGUUCUCUAUUAUAGCAGUUCCUUCUUAUUCAUUGGAUCUGGAUCACUCAUUAUUUUACUCAUUCUGUUGUUUACUAAAUACUAUUAUGUCACUCUUUUAUAUAUGUUAUGGCUUAUCAUUGACCGAAAUGUGUGUAAUCAAGGAGGACGAAUUAAUUAUUGGGUCCGAAAGUGGGCUCUUUGGAGACAUUACGCCAAUUAUUUCCCACUCAAGUUAAUUAAAACAGCAGAUAUAGACCCGAAUAAGAACUACAUCUUCGGGUGUCAUCCCCACGGAAUCCUUUGUUUCUCAUAUUUCGGUAAUUUUGCGACCGAAGGCACCGGCUUUUCACAGACUUUCAAAGGAAUUACUCCACACUUACUAACACUUGAGGGACAGUUUUGGCUCCCAUUGAAUAGAGAAAUAAAUGAAGGUAAAGGACACGCUUUGGUUCUAAUGGUUGGCGGAGCUGUUGAGGCUUUAGAUGCCGUUCCCAACACUUUGAAACUAACUUUAAACAAACGAAAAGGCCGAGGAGUGUUUCAGUAUAACAUGGGAUACCUUCCCUUCCGAAAACCCAUUACAACAGUGGUUGGAAAGCCAAUUGAUGUGAUACAAGUGGAUGAGCCGACUGAUGAGCAGAUCUAUGAUCUUCACGACAAAUACAUCAUAAGCUUACAAGAAUUGUUUGAAGAGAAUAAUCCUAAAUAUGGAAACAAAGACUUAAAACUUGUCAUAAAAUGA